GUUUUUUUCAAAACAAAAACUCCUCAUAAAAAUUAUUAUUAAGUAUUCGCUAUGAAAGGCAAAACUCUUAGCUCUCAAUCACAGGGCUUGGUACUAUCCUUGCUGAAUUAUUUUCAACAAGAAAAGGAUAAUGGAGGGCCUCUAUUACCAUUGUUAGCUGUCCAAGAGAGGGUGACUCAGGCAAGUAUCAGUUUGUCCACUAUUACCAGAAUACAGCGCCGUUUAUCAUCUAAUGAUAAUGUCCUAAGAUCACCUGGAAAAAAGAGACCCAGAAAAAAGUCUAAGACAACAGAUUUAUCUGAUGCAGUCAGGCAUAAUAUACGAGAUACAGUGUAUCAAAUGUAUAGUGAAAGUAAUGAUAAUGAGCAGAAACAUGUCACAAUAGCAAAUUUGAAUAAAACGCUUAAAGAGAAAGAGCUUGCUUCUAUCAGCAAUAGCUCUUUACAAAGAGUGCUGCCCACCAUAGGCUUUAAAUAUAAAAAAGAUGGUAAUAGAAUAUUUCCAGUUGAGCAAUCCAGUAUUGCUUUACUUCGCACCAAAUUUUUGAGAAGUUAUAAUGACUAUGUGAACACUUCCUCGCAUCAAAUUGUUUUCAUGGAUGAAACAUGGAUAUUUUCAAAAGGCAGUCCAAAAAAGUCUUGGCCAGAUGAGUCAAUAAAAAGUGUAAGGAGACCAUUGGGCUUUCAAGGAAAGCGAUUUAUUGUUGUCCAUGCAGGGAGCGAAAAAGGAUUUGUUGAUGGAGCAAGUCUGUUAUUUUCCUCACAGUCUAAAUCUGCAGAUUACCAUGGUGAUAUGAACAGCGAGACAUUCAUUAAGUGGUUGAAAGAAAAACUCCUCUGCAACUUGGAAGAGCCAUCAGUGAUAAUUAUGGAUAAUGCAUCCGAUCAUAGCAUUUUAUUGGAAAAGACUCCAAACACAAGUUCUCCAAAAAAAGAGAUUAUUGACUGGCUGGUUAAAAAUGAAAUUGUGUUCCAACCAACAUUAACUAAAGUGGAGUUAUUGAAUAUAGUGAAAAGAAAAGCUCGGUUCAUAUUUGAUUCGACCGUAUGUCGAUUUAAAAAAAUUCUGGCGAGUGUCUCUGACAAUUAUUGA